AUGAUGGGUCAGAUCGUGCGGAGGAAGAAGAAGGGGCGUCCCUCCAAGACAGAUCUAGCUCGCCGCUCCGGGGAAUCUCCGGCCGCCGCACAGCCAGACCUCCGACGAAGCCGCCGCCGCCGGAAUGUGCGCUACAACAUCGACUACGAUGACUACCUCGACGAGGAGGACGAAGAGGAGGACGAGGACGAGAGGAGGCGUGAGAAGAAGAAGCUCAAGCUCGUCGUGAAGCUCAACAACCACGAGGAGGAGGAUGAGGACGAAGACGACGACAACACGCCGAGUCGCAGAGGGGCGCGUGGGUUACACGCACCGGAUGAAAAGGGGGAGGAGGAGGAGGAAGAGGGCGAGGAGGAAGAGGAAGAAGAAGAGGAAGGGAAUGAGGAGGAGGAGGAGCAGGAAGAAGAACGUGAGGCAAAGGGCAGAAAAGUGGAUUCUAAAGGGCUCCACUCAGUUUCAGUGUUAGGAACUCCGUCGAAGCUUCCAUCUGGGAUUCCGUUGCCUGACAAAAGGACUCUGGAGUUGAUCCUUGACAAGCUUCAGAAGAAGGACACAUAUGGUGUGUAUGCGGAGCCGGUUGAUCCAGAAGAGCUUCCUGAUUAUCAUGAUGUGAUUGAGCAUCCUAUGGACUUUGCCACAGUGAGGAAGAAGUUGGCAAAUGGAUCCUAUCCUUCCUUGGAACAAUUUGAGAGUGAUGUAUCUUUGAUUUGCUCGAAUGCAAUGCAAUACAAUGCAGCGGAGACCAUAUACCACAAACAGGCAAGAUCCAUACAAGAGCUAGCAAGGAAAAAGUUUGAAAAGUUACGGUUAGACUUUGAUCGUUCUCAGAGUGAACUGAAGUCAGAACCAAAAACAAGAUCAAAUUCCCUGGUUAAGAAGCUAGCAAAGAAGCCACUGGGUCAUGCUUCACAGGAACCUGUUGGCUCUGAUUUUUCCUCAGGUGCAACCCUUGCUACUAUUGGAGAUGUACUUCCCACAUCCCAUCCAAUGCAAGGUGUAGUAUGUGAAAGGCCUGGCAAUAUUGAUGGCCUUGUGGAUGGAAAUGCAUUCAUGAUUGAUGCAAAUCAGGAGAAAGCAGAAGAAUACAUAUCAGGGAGGGGUAUGCUCUCCAGGUUGGGAAGGAAACCAUCUGUGCAAGAUAUGGAACGUCGUGCAACUUAUAAUAUGCCUAAUCCACCAGUUACAAGACCAGAUUCUGUAUUUACGACAUUUGAGGGUGAAGUGAAGCAGCUAGUUACUGUUGGACUACAAGCUGAACACUCCUAUGCCAGGAGUUUGGCUCGAUUUGCUGCAACACUAGGACCUACAGCUUGGAGAAUCGCUUCCCAGAGGAUUCAGCAGGCACUGCCACCUGGCUGUAAAUUUGGUCGUGGUUGGGUUGGAGAAUAUGAACCACUUCCAACACCAGUAUUAAAGCUUGAUAAUCUUGCCCAGCAGCAACCUAGUUUGGGGACUAAGUUGCAGUCUGCUACUGAAUUAAUGAAGGUUGACAAAAGUUGUAAGAAUGUGGAAUCCACCAUAGAACAUCCGGUUAAUGGACCAAUGCAUGAGGGAAAACUGCCUUCAGUUUGUUCUAGUAAUGGGCCUACAUCAGACAGAAAAUCUUCUUUAUUAGGUUCUGCUGGACCAAGACCCAAUUCUCAUGUCAAUCUCUUUUAUCAGCAGUCUAACGUCCAAAGUAGGAACCUGAACAAGUCUGAGAACAAGGGUUUGAAACAAAUGGAAUUGAACUCUUUACCCCCGAGUGAUCAGAAUAAUGCCAGUCUAGUUGCAAAGCUUACAAGUAAUACUCCUGCACCUGUGUCUAAGCCCAGAGACAUGGUACCAAGUAACAUGACUAUUUUACCGUCUAUGCCUUUCAAGCAGCCAGAUUCCAACGGAGUUGUUAGUGGAGAGUUGCCCAAUGGAAAAGUUAGGAAUCCUAGUUUAAAUAGACGGAUGCCUGGUCCAUCAUCUGAAAGCACAUCAAAUCAAACAGGCAGAUCGGCUCCCUUUGUUGCACAUGGGCAGGAGCAGACUCUUAGUGACCCAGUGCAGUUGAUGAGGAUGUUAGCUGAAAAGACACACAAGCAACAGACUUCCAGUUCAUCAAAUCAUUCCCCUGCUGACACCCCACCAGUGACACCAUCAGUUCCAUCAGGACGGAGGGAGGAUUCGAGCAAUGCUUCAGCAGCAGCUGCCCGUGCAUGGAUGUCAGUUGGGGCAGCAGGUUUUAAACAAGGCCCUGAAAGUUCUAGCUCACCGAAAAAUCAGAUUUCUGCAGAUUCAUUGUACAACCCAGCACGAGAGUUCCAUCAGCCCUUUUCCCGAAUUAGGGGAGAGUUUCCACCGGGUGGAACACCGUUCCAGUCUGAGAACAAUUUUCCAUUUCAGGCACUUGUACCCCAACCUCAACCUAUUCACCCAGUUGGUGCUUCACAGUUUCCAAACAGACCAAUGGUUUUUCCUCAAGUAGCAGCUUCUGACCUAUCAAGAUUUCAAUUACCACCUUGGGGGGGUAUCCGUUCUCACAAUCAACCAAGACAGAAACAGGAAACACUUCCUCCUGACUUGAACAUUGGUUUCCAAUCUCCUGGGUCUCCUGCAAAACAAUCAUCUGGAGUGCUGGUUGACUCUCAGCAGCCAGACCUUGCUUUGCAACUGUGA